AUGCGCUUUGUGACACUCAUACAAAGUCCAAGAGAAGCUAAAGUGAAGAUGGCGGACGAAGCCCAGAUCGCGGCGGCCGUGCAGGCCCGCGCCACGCAAGUACAGGGGCUGCUGGCGCAGCGUAAGAACGAGGAGGCGGUACGCGCAGCACUGGAGGACCCGCCGCUUCUGUCCAAGAAUGAUGCGGUGAAGGACGAGAACGCCAAGGUUGUGAUGGCAGCGCUUGUUGCCUGCAACAAGGGCGAGAUGCAGCGCGCUAUCGACUCGCUCCCCAGUCCGCUGGAAGACAACCUCAUGAAGUACAUUAUGCGCUUUCUGGGCAUCGCGUCGCAGAGCGCGGCCAUGCUUGACUGGCACCAGAAGCUGGUGGCCAAAGCUGGAUCUGGCUGCGUCAUGCGAGCCUUCACCGAACGGAAGCAAGUUUGA